CGGGCUCGGCGAGGAGUCUCCCGCGCGCUCUCCCUCCUGCCCACGAAUGAAAAAGCGUCGCGCGCCCAGGCGCCGGGGCGAGAUGCCCGCUGGAGCUGCCGCCCGCUGGCCGCGAUGUUGCACUGGAAUGAGGAAGUGGAGUGGAGAGGGGAGGGACUGAGAGCGGAGCUGCCUCCUGCCCUUUCUGCCGCCCUGCUUGGGCGAGGAGCGGCGGCGGCGGCGGCGGCACAGGCACAUGGAGCUAGUGCUGGCGAGGUCUGGGCGAGUUGUCGGCAGCCAGCUCCGGCCAGAGCAGACAACUUGAGGAAAAUGGAAACAGAUGGGACUCAAGAUAUGUCCCAAGUUUCAGGGAAAGAAAGUCCUGCAGGAAGUGACAUCCCAGAUGAUGCUGAUGAGCCCAUGCCUGUGCCAGAAGAUCUUUCAGCCAGCACAGGAGGACAGCAGAAUUCCAGAAAUGAGAGAAUAUUAGCUGCAUAUGGGGCUGAAGGCUUUAGGGAUUUUCACGCCAUAAUCCCCAAAUCAUUUUCUCCCAGUAAUAUUAAAAUAGAGACACAAAGUGAUGAAGAGAAUGGGCGUGCCUGUGAAAUGAAUGGGGAAGAAUGUGCAGAGGAUUUACGAAUGCUUGAUGCCUCUCGAGAAAAAAUGAAUGGCUCACACAAUGGCAGCAAAGCCAUGUCAGGAGUUGGAGGCAUUCGACUCCCUAACGGAAAACUAAAGUGUGAUGUCUGUGGGAUAAUUUGCAUCGGUCCCAAUGUUCUUAUGGUUCACAAGAGAAGUCAUACUGGCGAACGCCCCUUCCAGUGUAAUCAGUGUGGGGCAUCCUUUACUCAAAAAGGCAACCUUCUCCGUCACAUAAAGUUACACUCUGGCGAAAAGCCAUUCAAGUGCCACUUGUGUAACUAUGCUUGUCGCCGUAGAGAUGCGCUUACAGGCCACCUGAGGACCCAUUCUGUUGGCAAGCCCCACAAAUGUGGAUAUUGUGGUCGGAGCUAUAAGCAGCGCAGCUCUUUGGAAGAACACAAGGAGCGCUGCCACAACUAUUUGCAAACCAUGAAUCUCGCAGGCGGCCUCUAUCCUGUCAUGAAAGAGGAAACCAGCCAGGGGGAAAUGGCUGAAGACCUGUGCAAGGUGGGGUCAGAACGAUCCCUUAUGCUGGACAGACUAGCAAGUAACGUCGCCAAACGUAAGAGUUCUCUGCCUCAGAAAUUUGUUGGUGAGAAAUGUGUACCUGAUGUUCCUUUUGAUGGUGCCAACAGCUAUGAGAAGGAAAAUGAUAUGAUGCAGACUCAUGUCAUAGACCAGGCGAUUAACAAUGCCAUUAGCUACUUAGGGGCAGAAUCAUUGCGCCCCUUGGUGCAGACUCCACCAAGUAGCUCUGAAGUAGCACCUGUGAUCAGCCCAAUGUAUCAGCUUCACAAGCCCCUUGGGGACAAUCAUGUUCGAUCCAAUCAUGCCGCUCAGGACAGUGCAGUUGAAAACUUGCUGCUACUUUCCAAAGCCAAGUCUAUCUCUUCAGAAAGGGACCCUUCCCCCAGCAACAGCUGCCAGGACUCCACCGAUACAGAGAGCAAUAAUGAGGAACGCAGCGGCUUGAUUUAUCUAACAAAUCACAUAGCACCUCAUGCAAGGAAUGGCCUUUCUAUAAAGGAAGAACACAAGCAAUAUGAUGUCCUGAGGGCAAACAGUGACAGCUCCCAAGAUGCUUUCAAAGUAAUCAAUGGCAAUGGGGAGCAAGUGAAAGUUUACAGAUGUGAACAUUGUAGAGUCAUGUUCUUAGAUCAUGUGAUGUACACCAUUCACAUGGGCUGCCAUGGCUUCCGUGAUCCUUUUGAGUGUAACAUGUGUGGCUACCGCAGCCAGGACAGGUAUGAGUUCUCUUCUCACAUAACACGAGGAGAACAUCGGUUCCACAUGGCUUAAAACUCUUGCUGUACAGAAGAUGUCCUUACAACUGGAUCUCCAUGAGCAGUCACAACAGAAUAAUACAAGACAAACGACUAUAUAACAACAUCCAGUAAAAACAAACAUCAGAAAGCCUGGUCACCAGAAAAAAAUUGCCAUGUCUUGCAGCAUGACACAUAAUUCAGUUUUAUACUAUUAACAUUGAUGUUUUUAUUGCACACAUAAGUAAUCAAGAAAGUUAGUAUAGUCAUUAGGAGCUUUUGUAGCAGAUAGAAGAAAUCUUUUCCUGCUUGUAAUUAUUUCCUGCCCCCCCAAAAACAAAGAAACCCUGUUCCUCCUAUUUUCUUUCCAUUCAAGGCACACAAACUAGAAAAAUAGAAUUAAUUUUAACUAUUUUUUGUUGAUACCCUAAAAAUACACUUUUUAUAUCAAAGAUAAUUUCUCACUUUCUGUAAUGUUUUAAUGAAUUUACUAACUGAUAGCAAUAACUCACAUGUAGAAUAGGCUAAAAGAAUCUUAGAUACAUCUUCUGGUAGUCUCAACCAGUUAAGCAGUCUGAAAGGCAGGAACACCCUACCAGAGUUGGAACUGAGCAGAAUCAGAAGAUUCCAAACUAGUGUUACCCAUGACAACAAUAUGGGUAGCAUGGCUGCCAUUUUGUUUUUUACGGAUUCAUGGAUAAGUGUGAUUCAGAAGAUCCUGAGAAAUUAAUCUGGGUUACUUUAUUUGCUCUAGUUAACUUGUAGAAGUGUGGAGUGUUUUGGUCAAAUUUAAAUCCAAACCAUGAAAGUCAAAACUGCAAGGACUUAGGACUCCGGUUCAAUAAAAAUAUAACCUAAUGUAAACUGAAUAAUUUCAUGUCCCUGGGAAGCUCAAUUUAGAGAAGCUGAGGGAAGACCUACAUAGGGCCAAGGUACUGCACAUGCAGAGCAGAGCUGUGUGCUUUUUUUGUUAGUAGCACCCUAUGCAUCAUCUCAAACUAUUGUUUAACUUCCUCCAGGUUUAUAAAGCAACUUGCAAUAUUGUAAAAGGAAGAGUGGGAUCUAGUCUACAACAAAUGCGUGCUCUCAAAACUACAACAGCAUAGCUGUAUGAUCAAUACGUUGUGGGCUAGAACUGUUUGGUUUAACUCAUUGUGGAGCUCUACUUCACUCAAGAAUGCUGCUGCACAUUAUCUCUAGUUUAAUACUUGUGAGUUGAAUAAAACUGCAUAAAAUAAGACAAAUAUGGUAUAUACAUUUGCAAAGAGGUCAGCUGUCCUGUUCUGUCUCAGCACGUUAGCAAAAUUAAUUCCCUCAUAGUCUCCCAUCCAAGUACUGACAAGGUCCAACUCUACUUAGCUUUUGAAAUCAGAUGAGAUCAUAUAUGCUCAAGGAGAUAUGGUGGCAUUCCUAAAGAUCAGUCUAGUGCAUGGUUUGUAAAUAUUCUACCUGCAUCAGACCUCUAAUAAUAAUAAUGUGCUCUCAGGUCAAUUCUGACUUAUGGUGACCCUUUCCAGGGUCUUCUAGGUAGAAAGUACUCAGAUGUGGUUUACUGUACCCUUCUUCUAAGGUAUCCUGGGUCUAAACAGCUUACCUAAACCACCUGUAUUUUUUAAAAAUCCUUUUCAUUUUUAAAAUGCAGCAAAUAUUUGAAAGAGGAGGAGGAGGAGAAAGUUUGCCUGAAGCAAAUCUGAAAAAUCCACGCUUUGCCUACUUUGCAUUAGGACGUGCAUCUUCUGCAUAUAGAAACAGUUCUCCCACGAUUGCUUCAGUUUUACUACACAGUGGCUAAUGACCAUCUGCUUCCUAGAAGUGUGUUGAACAGGGAAUUAGAGCAGUGUCUGAUCUCUGACAUGUACACAUCUGUGAAACACAUUUUAUCAAACAUGUUUUUUGCCAUGUUCACAUACACUCCAUUUUUAGGUAGACACUUACAAAAGGUAUGUGUUUAAAAAUGUAAUAGGUGGAGAGAGAAAAAUAUAAUAUUGGAUACUACAGAAGAACCACAGGAUCUUGCAAAGCCAUAAUGGGGUAGACCUUCAAAUUCCUUAUUUGAAAGCUGUGGACCAAAACCUUUUUAAUAUCAGCAUUCAGUCUGACCAUAUUAACUCAAAAACCGGUCGUUUCUAAAUUUAUAAUUUCUGGCUUUGUUAGUUGUUGCUGAAAUUUCCCUGCUGCUACUCCACAUGUUCCUUAGGCACUCUAGUGCAGCGAUCCUCAACCUUUUUGGGACCACAGACCAGCUGAGCCUCUGAGGAAGACAGGGCACCCCCAUACUCGCGCGGAGCACUCUUGGGCGUGCAUGUGUGAAGCAGUGGGGAGUGCAAAUGCCCACCAACAUGAGCGCUCCCCCACCCCUUUGCACAUGCGCAGGAGCGCCUCCCCACCCACGUGCCUGCCCACCCCUUUGUGCGAGUGCUCAGGUGCAUGGGUGAAGGGGUGGGGGAGCGCUCAUGUUGGCACUGGCACACGCAUGCAAAGCAGCUGUCGGGAGGGGAGUGCGUGCGGGGGGCAGGAGGUCUGUCUCUGUGGCCCGGUUCAGCUCAGGCCAUGGACCGGACUGGGCCGGGGACCGGGGGUUGACGACCUCUGCUCUAGUGGACUGCACCAAAAAAGACCUCUAUUUUUCAAGGAUUGCUCCAUUUCAGUGGAGAAAACUGAUCCAUAUUCACAUUCCCAAGGGGGGAGGGGCUCUUCCUCCUGUGUUAAAAUGAAUUGCAAAUGUUGUAUACAAAAGACCUUUAUGUGGAGUUGCCGUGGUGUGCUGGAUAAUCUAGAUGCAAGUUCAGGUAAUUUCUGAUGUCUAAAAUAUACCAGUGUGUGUGCAUAAAGGUCUGUGUAUGUAUUGUAGCUAUACUUGUAUAGAUAUCAACUAACACAUUACCAGCAUGGGUGUGUUUUUUGGUUCUUGGUUUUCCUAUUUAUAUUGUAAUUGAGUACAUUGAUACUGAAAACACACACAGUUCAGUGAGACAGCAAGCAGAUUGGUAAACUACAUGGUAUCGGACGUCAUAGCUCAUUGCUUGAACUCUCCUAUCUGCCUCUCCUCCUCACAUUACCAUGAAUGAGUCUUGUUUAUUUGAAAAUAUAGAAUAACUGGAUAAUCUUUUUUAAAAUGUAUGGUUUUGAAAAUCAGCUUUGUUCUGGAUUAUUUAUACACUGAAAUGAGUCAGCUAGAUGGAUUCCAUUACAUUGAUGCUUGUUAUUCUAAAAUGUCCCACAUUUGUAAAUAGGAAUAGAUAAAGAAAUGCUUUCCAAAAUUCACACUCCAUUCCUGUUUUGGCACUUCCUUUUUAUACUUGUACUUAACACAUUUUGCUGUGAUUUUAUACUGUAAUCCCAGUUAUCUUUUCAGAUCAAUGUAUUUAAAACAAAAUGAAGCAGAUUUCAUAAAAAAAAUUAAGAAUGUGAGUAGAAUUUUGUCUGAGAGCGUAAACCUCCUUUUGCAAGCAGCUACGUGGAAUUUCUGUUACAAUGAAUAGAAUAUGUGAACAGUU